GCGGCGUGCUGGGUGCAAGUGGGGGCUGCUUUUGGAGCCGCGGAGACUGCAGCCGGAGCCCAGCGCGCGGACCAGAAAGUCCCUCGCGUGGAUCGGCAAACGUCGCCCCUUCUCCUGGAGCUCACCCUCUUUCUCUUGCUCCUGCUACUGCUGACCCGGCAAAGGGAGCCGACAGGGCCCCAGGCUGAAGGAAGGAACAUGAAGUUCCCUUGGAUAACACUGAAGAAGAAGAUGGGAGGGGCCAUUUAAGAGAGAUUAUAAGUUGGAGGCUGCAAGGCUGGGGCCAGAAGGCUGGCAGUGGAAAACGCUGUUGGGCUGUGAUCUCUCACUGAAAAGUUCCAAGUGCCUUUUUGCUUCCUGUCAAAGAAAGGAAGAGAAGGAGGAAACCAUGUCUAUAGCCCUGAAGCAGGUAUUCAACAAGGACAAGACCUUUCGGCCCAAGAGAAAAUUUGAACCUGGCACACAGAGGUUUGAGCUGCACAAGCGGGCUCAGGCGUCCCUCAACUCAGGCGUGGACCUGAAGGCAGCCGUGCAGCUGCCUAGUGGGGAAGACCAGAAUGACUGGGUGGCGGUGCACGUGGUGGACUUCUUCAAUCGUAUCAACCUCAUCUAUGGCACCAUCUGUGAAUUCUGUACCGAGCAGACCUGCCCUGUGAUGUCAGGGGGCCCCAAAUAUGAGUAUCGGUGGCAGGAUGACCUUAAGUAUAAGAAACCGACUGCAUUGCCAGCUCCCCAGUACAUGAACCUUCUUAUGGAUUGGAUCGAGGUCCAGAUCAAUAAUGAGGAUAUAUUUCCAACAUGUGUGGGUGUUCCCUUCCCAAAGAACUUUCUUCAGAUCUGCAAGAAGAUCCUGUGCCGCCUUUUCCGAGUCUUCGUCCAUGUCUACAUCCACCACUUUGACCGGGUCAUUGUGAUGGGCGCAGAGGCUCAYGUCAACACCUGCUACAAACACUUCUAUUACUUCGUCACAGAGAUGAACCUCAUAGACCGCAAGGAGCUAGAGCCCUUGAAAGAGAUGACGAGCAGGAUGUGUCACUAAUGCUCCAUCUCGUCCUUCGGAAGAAAGGAAAGCCGUUUCCUCCUGGAGCCCCAGGUGGACAGAAAGUGGACCUCCCUGGAUGAAACGGUGCACCUACUUCCCGGAGCAGAAGAGGUGGAGUCCAUCAGUGACCCCCRAGAGACACGUUCCCCACUCACUUCAUGUGCUCUUAACCCUCUGAGUGCUGCUAGACCAGACCUGUGGACCAGAAGACCACAACAUGGAAGAAGGACCAGCCCUUGACCCUUCCGGCUCAGGAAUCGUCCAGGAGGGGCCUCUGCGCUUCCGUGCAUGUCAUGGUUCUGCCAGUGACCUGCCGCCUCAGCUUUACUGGAAUUCAGGUUUUAAGACUGAGAUGUUUAUUAGGACCUUUCCACUUACCUGUCUUGUCAGCCGGUUGACUUUUCRGUCAUUUGCUUUCUAAGUACCAAGUGAAUUUGGGAACUUUGGAUACACAGCAAGUUUUUCUAUAACAAGCCUUCCUUUUGGGUCUCGGAUCCUGUGGCUUCACAUUCUGCAGGGCUGUGGAGCUGUGAGAUCUGAAGCCCAUCUGGCAGCUUCCAUGCCAUUUCCCUAAGAAGCAGUUCUAUCAGGGACCACUCCAGGGCCUGGCUUGUCUCUGUUCCAAACAGGGUCUUCACAAUCUAACUCCAGGGAAGAGACUGGCCACUCGCAGAAAGCUAACAAGUUACCAGUUUGCCCUGAUCAGAAUGUACUUUUUUUUUUUUUAGUAAGCAUCAUUCCUUGACUCUCCUCUAUUGAUAUUCUUUCCUGUUUCCCAGAAAAGAGAAAUAAAAGAAAGUUACAAAUGACCAAGAAUGGUCAGUAAGAUCCCUGAGCCACAUUAGUGCGGUGUUUGUUCUGUAAAGAGCAGGGAGUCCUGGCUGGACAAUUGGUUAUUUGGUGUAUGUCAAUGAUACACCCUUCUCUGUUGAUUUGUCACCUUACUUACUGGCUCUCUGAGCUUGAAACUCAACCAGUCUUUCUCCUCUGCCAUGUUAUGUUAUGGCACAAAAUUAACUUCUGGAAAGUCCCAUUGAUUGUACCCAGUUACCAAGGUGGCAGUAGAGCUGGAGCUAACUUCAUUAUUCCAUUUUCUCCCCAAUUUUUCUCUUUCAGUAGACAGAAUAACACAGUCUGCACUGUGCCCUGCCUUUUGAAACCUAACAUAGUUGUAAUUGAUGAAAUGUUGACUUCUCUGAUUCAUUCACAAAAACCGGGGUCCUGUCAGCCCAGCCUGUGACGAGGGGGUAAUAAUACUUCCAGUGAUAUUUGAGUGUAAUGAAUUAUCUGUUGGUGGAGGGAAGUAGAUAAGAAUGUAUUAGCACACUUAAUAUAAUAACAAUUAAAAGAGAAAUGAGCGACUCUGGAUUUCUUUUAUUAUACAUAAUGUGUUAACAUCAUUUGUGGCUAUCACGAAAGCCUAGAGGGCAUGAAAUCUCUGUCCAAACCAAGAAAGGGCUGACUGUGUGCACAGUGGCCUUCGACACUGACCCAACCACGUGGACAGAUCCUUGCUUCCUAUCUUAUACACAUWGUC